AUGGAGGAUAAUCAUCUCAGUACCAGCAAAAGGGAAUCCAACCCGCUCCUCUCUUCCCGGCAAAAGGCUAGGAGCGCCGUAUUGCUGUCAAUACAGAGCGACAUAGGCAAAGGCAUUAUGUAUAACAUCCGCCUCUCCAGGUGGUACCUUGCCUACUGCUCCCUCAUGGCGAUCGCCACCCUAUCACUUGUAAUCUUCAUGAUCAUAGAUGUACACUUUCGGAAAAACCCCAUCCCCAUGUGGGUGUGUGCCAUUGAUGGCUUCAUCACUUUCUCUCUAUGCUUUGAAACGAUUGCAGACAUUAUCCUUCUUGGAAAGCCGUUCUGGAGCAGCGGAUGGCACGUCUUUGACUUCUCAGUUGCAGUUGUUUGCUUUGUUAGCUGGCUACUCUUGCUUCUUGAAGUGGUUGGAGUAGUGGAUUCUGUAGACGAGUUUGUGACGGUCAUCCUUCUUACUAUUCGAUAUGCAGCACAGUUUAUCAGAAUUGUGCGCUUCAUUCGGAGUGGAGCCGAGGCGCAAGACUCGCUUAGCGCAGUGGAGGAGCACGUGAUUCGCUUCGACAGACCAGCGAGCCGGGCGGACACUAGUGUUUCAGUUUCCAUCCCUGAUGGAGAUACAGACCCAUGA